AUGGUUUCAUCGUACUCGAUCACUUCGCCGUACAGCAAAAUUCAAGAUUUUAACAGUAAGACGAAAGUCGUGUGUGAAAACACUGAUCUUUCAAUGUUUUUUGAUCAAUGUAAAGUUAUCUUUAUUGGCGAUGAGAAGUGUGGGAAAACAUCACUCGUAAAUAGAUUCACCUUGUCAUCAUUUGAGCAAGAGUACAAACCGACACUCGAUAUUAAUUAUAAUUUAAAAUAUUUUGAUGUACUCAAUACUGAAUACAACGUGGGAUUUUGGGAUAUGCCGGGUCAAGAAAGUUUGAAACUUAUCACUCGAUCACAUUUUAAAAAUGCAAAUGUAAUCGUUGUUGUGUUUGACCUUACACGACCACAAACACUUAUGAACGCUAUUAAAUGGAUGGAGGAAGCACUCGCAGAAAAUGACAAAAGCAACCCGCUAAGAUUUAUUGUAGGAAAUAAGAGCGAUUUGUUAAGUAAGAAAGCGUUUGAAGGCUUGGAAGCUCAUGCUAGGAUAAUUGCACAAGAUCUUGAUGCUGAAUACAUUUCUGUGUCAUCAAAAGAAGGAACAGAAGUGAAUAAUUUAUUCAGAAGGUUCACAUCAUUAGCUUUCGAUAAGUCAGUUCAAAAACUUAUCAUGCCAUCAGACUAUAACAAAGUUAAAAACAAUAUUUCUAAUAUGCCAAAAUCGUAA